CACGCGUCUGCUUCUAUGGCAACGCAGCGGGAAUCAUGGGAAUUGCAUUCGCUGUUUGGAAAACCGGAAGUGGAGGGAGAUUCGAAAAACAGCGGAAUAAACCGAGUCGGAAUGUGUUUAUUAAAGUCAUGGCACGAUGCCGGAUGCUGUAGGAUACAGACCGACUCUGAAACUCACCGUCAGUGCCGAGGAUGGAAGUGAAGUUGGAGGUUUUGUUGUCGUCCGGCAUCAAGCGCAGAAAGCCGUGGCCCAGAUUCUGCUGGCUGGGCAGGGAAAAGGAGGGUGUGUUUCUGUUGGAUGACAGCCGGAUCAGCGAAAUACAUCUGGUUUCGGGACGGACCAAAAAGAAGACCCCAAAGCUCCAGCCGCUGUUGCAGAGCGUGGUGACCAUGUCAGCGUCUCAGGAUGGCGUGCUGCUGGUUCUUCUUCUCCCCUCAGAACAUCUCUUCCUGUGGAACAAAGACAGGGAUUCGCUGAAGACGGUCUCGGCUGUUCCUGAGGUUCAUCAGCUGCUCUCUUCCGUCCGAGGUACUGCGACGCGGCUUUCUCUGCUGGUUUCGGAGAACGCACACAGAGUUUUCCUGGCCGCUCUCACAGGACAGGUGUUCCUCUGGGAAUGCUCUUCUCCUCAGGAUCUGAGCGGCCCGCGGGACAACACGGUCCCGGGACGCUGGAGUCAGAUAUCAGACCACGAGAACAUUCAGCUGCCCUCCACAACAGACAAAGAGGCUUCGGUUCAUAGUGUGUUUGUGAAGAACCAGGCAGUUGGUGACGUGUGUCUGAGCGCAUUUGUCUUCGUUGCCGAAGCGCAGCUCAUCGUCACCUUUCUGAAGAUCCAGUGGGACUCGACGUGGGACAACAAACUCCGUUCAGCAGGUUUCAGAGUUGCCUGGAUCUCUCAGUCGUUCCCGCUCAACCAGCUCCUGCCUCCGUGUAAACCGGUGAAGUCCAGAGGCGCUCUGAUCCCAGCAUUCUCUCCUGACGGUCGACUCCUCGCCGUCGUCCUCAACCAGAAAGACCCGCAGGCGACGCAGGUGCUGUUCAUCAGCACUCAGAACUUUGUGACCGUGUCCAGUCUGUUAGGAGGAUGUGGCGUUAAGACGCUCAGAAUAGCAGCUAAAUAUGUGAGGUCAUACUGGGCCGGUUCUGUGAGCUGGACUCCAGAAGGGCUUUAUCUGGCCUGUGUGCUGAAGAGAGGCUCUCUGCUCCUGCUGGCGCGUCUCGGUGGACUCGUCUCUCUGUCCACUACAGGAUGCAGCGUUGAGUUCGGUGCGGCCCACUUCCUGCCUCUUCACCCGCUGGUCACCUUCAGCCCCUUCACACACACAACACCACAGCCUCCACAUCCACAGCGUCUCUCCCCGACACCACGAAACAGACAGCUAUACUCCGUCACGUGGCAUCCUCGCCAGCCGCUCCUCAUCGUGUCCGACGGCUACAUGGUGACUGUGCUCAGGAUGAGCGAGCGGCCGUCUGCUGCCGCCGUGAUGAGCGCCGCCCUGCUGGACGCUGCGCAGGGACUGGAGCACAUACGGAGGGUCCUGGGCUCGUCUCAGCCUCAGUUCAGGUCCUGGCUGGAGUCCAUGUCCACGCUGACGUUCACAGGAAGUCUUCAGCCUCUUAAAGAGAAAGAAACGCCGCUGUCUACUCUACCUCUGUACCUGCAGGACACAGCAGACCUCACACAAUACACUGAGAGAACUCAGGAUGAGGAAGACCAUGAUUCUGAUGAAGGUCCGUAUACCUGCUCACGCACUGAAGACGGAGGCAAGCUGGAGUUUGCGUCUAUGUUUGACACUCUUCACGCUCGGUCACAAACACACCCAGAGCCGUCGUCCUCGGGUCUGCAGGGCGAUCUGGACAGGGUUCACAGGAGCCUCACGAGAGCCUGGGCUCUGGGCGUUUCUCUGGGCGGCUCUGUCCAGCAGAGAGAGCGUCUCCUCAAGUACACCGUGCUCUGUGUGGCUCGCCUCGUGAACCUCCUCCGGGUCAGAGCCUCCGCUGACAGGAAGAGCAGGAGCACGUGGGUCACUCACGCCCUUCACACCCUCGGGACUCUGCUGUCCUUUCUCCCGUGGGACGCCGAACGCACCGCAGGCCGCGGCUGUCUUGGCAUCACUGUAGAGCUCACUAGAUGUUUCGUGGACAUGUUUGUCCCGCUUUCCUCCGCCGAUUUAACACUUUCCUCCCAGAACUUUAGCGCAGCGCUCGUCGUCCUCCAGCGAGCGUCUCAGUGUGUGGAUCAGACGUACAGCCUUCCGCCGAGAGCAGUGCAUCAUGGGAAGGACGGCCAGCUGACAUAUUCCUCUGACAUGUUUUCUGUCCCACUGUUACAAGACGACGUUGAUGCUGAUGCCGAGACAGGAGCACAAACAGCACCUUCUAAUAGGUUGGUGGUGAUCUGGCGUGAGGUGUACAGAAGGGCUUUGUGGUACCGGGAGGAAUUACUUCACCGCAGAGGCGUAAAAAAUGAGCUGGAGAAGAUGUCAGUUAUUAUACCUCAAAUCCAGCAAGCUUUACAGUCAGCUGGAGACCGUCUGGAGGAGAGCCACACACUGCGCAGUUUCAGCGGUGAACAGCACUUUAUUUUAGGAGAAUAUACAGAGAGCGUUCAGGUUUGGAGGACUCAGCUGAGGGCAGAGAGACGGAGAGUCGGUCCGAUGACGUGUUACCUGGAGACUCGCUGCUGCCUGGCUCUUCUCUACACGCUGCUCUUCCAGUAUCGACUGCGAGAGGCUCAAGGUCUGUGUGACCGUCUGGCACGUCAGUUACAGACACGAGCAGGACGACAGGAAGAGGAAACGCAAGGAGAGGCUGAUGAGGGUCCGGUGGGGCGUGAAGCGGCCUGUGCUGUGGUUCAGUCUCUGGGCAGGUUUAUGGCUGCGUACUUCAUCAACCAUCCGCUCUUCAUCCUCCCGCCACACAACGUGGACGUGCUGCCGCCUCUUCACUUACCACACGAUGCUAGUGGACGUGUGGUAGAGUUGUGUCAGACCCGUGUGUCGCUGGCGGUCCGCUCCGAGCAGCUCUCGGCGCUGUGGACGGUGGAUUACGCUCUGGAGCUGCUCCUGCUGGGGGGAUUGAUGCCUGAGGCCUCGUGGAUGGCCCUGCGGCUGGGAGACUGGAAGAUGGCAGCCGCCCUCGGCCUGGCCUACACCAACUACUGCAGCGGACACUUAGACUUCAGCAGCCUGCGUUGGAGAGAGCUGCACCUUCCCGCCGAGCUGAAGCCUGCAGAGAUAUUCCAGGAUCAGCUGGAGAUGUUACUGCGCCGAAUGGCUGGGUCUGAAGGAGAUGCUAACACAGGCACAGUGGGUGUUGAGGACAUGGAUCUGGUUCAGGACUCUGUGCAGGAGAUCCUGAAGGCGUCCGUCAUGGCGGAGGUGGACGUCAUCUCUCAGCCUCUAACACGACUUCUGGACGCAGCCAAAGAGCGAGCGAUGUCACUUCCUGCACUGGUUCCUCCUGCGUUCUACCUGCCUGCUCCUCCUCUGUACUGUCCACAGCCUUCACCGAACACACAGGACUCUGUGAGAGAUGCCGCUCUGGUUCUGGAGAGAGAGUCUCGCUGCCAGGUUUCUGGGCUGGUUCAGAAGGUUCUGAUGCUCUUCAGAGCGGCACACAGCUCUCGGCCCGCGGCGCAGUGGUACAUCAGCAACCUGCAUCGCUGCAGACACCUACUGCACAAGAUCUGUAAGAAAGCGUCUGAACCCAAAGCAGAAUUGGUUCCUGAUGGACUGAGGAAAUUCUCCACUCAUCGUGGUUUCUUCCAAUCAGGGCCCAGCAAAGACAUGGAUAGUGUCACUACGCAAAUCAUAAUAUGUUUCCGUGAGUUGUGUGCACUUUGCUGGAUGCUCCAUGUGAGGGACCAGCUCAGCAUCUCCUGUAGAAGGUACCAGGCUGCAAGGCAACAGGAGAAAGACACUCAGGUCAGUGACGCGAGUGUGUCGGAUCUAUGCGUUGAAGCUCUUUGUUGGGCGCGCCGCCUCCUGCCGUUCUGCCAUUUCCUGAACGCAGAGGAAACCCUGCAGGACUUAGUGCUCAGCCUGCUGUCUGAACUGCCGCCCAGUCGUUUGACGGCAGAAACUCUAGCAAAAGUGUUUCCGGAUGAGACGGAGUCUGUUCGCGUGCCGCUGCGGGAUAAGUACAUGUCGCUGGUGCAGAGACUGAGACCUGUGAUAGUGCCAGACACCUGGACACCAGAUGUGCCUCCAGGAAGCGAGAGGGAAGAUGAGGGCGGCGAUACCAUGAUGAUUCUGAUCCAGGAUCAGCUGAGGCAGCGACGCCGGGAGCUUCGGCGCCUGGUAAAGUACCUGGGUGCACCGGAGCCGUACCUGUGGGAGAGAGAGGAGGAGGAGGACAGGGGAGGUGCUGCCUCCAUACUGAAGCGCCUCUCUCUCGGGACUAGUUUGAGUGACAGCACGCUGACGGACUGUGGGCACCCCCUAGUGUACAGUGAAGGAGACACGGCCGAGACGCUGUCGGAGCCUCUUUCCCCAGAGCUGCAGACCAAAUCUGCACACAGUUCUAAGACAGCAAAAUUUCUGGAUGCACCUGAGAAAUCAACACAAGAAAGAAAAGGAGAUAAUAGAUCCGGCGCAGUGGAACCCAAAGCACCAGACUCUACUGUACCCACGGUGGGAACCUGGGAGUUUGAGCUGGAGGAUGAGGAGUACACGCGCUUCCUAGAUUUGUUCCUCAGCUACAUGCUGGGAAAAGACAGACUGGACGCUGAGGAGUCCGAGCUGCCUUUACUGAGUGCUUUCUCACAACAGCUGCGUACUAGAGAGCUGCACUCGGUGACCUUUGACGUGCUGACCACUCUCAAACGCCGUCAGAAGGAUCGGAAACGAAGUGCGCAAUUACCCCUCUUCCAUGCCGGUCACUGCUUCCAAACUCUCCCGGUUACUCCCAGACCUCCGCCGUCCAUCGGGCCGGUUCAGUCCGACGCUCAUUCUACGCCCCCUCGGGCUCUUCCUGGACUCCAUACUGGGAAACAUCAAGGUCUUUUUGCCCUUCGUCGACAUGCUACCUUAACGUCCAAAGAUGUUAAAGUAAAUCCGAUUGGCACAGACGUCGAGUCAACAGGCUUUAAGAUCCUCUCUCAGGAUGAAUUAGAUGUUCAGAUGGAGCUGGACUCCUCUCUGGAGGCCCGGUUUCCUCAGCUGGCCCGGCUGCUGGAGUGGAUGAUGCGCUGGGCCGACAGGCGCGUUCUGCUCUCUCAGCCAAUCAGAAAGACCUCAGAGGGCUCCGGUGAUCCGGUGGUCAUCAGGGUCAAAGCCUCGACCCCUGCAGUGCUGACAGCGCUGGAGCUGCUAAAGCGGAGGUACAGCGCCGCCCUGCUGGGAGAAAACUCAGAUCACUCCCAUUCUAAGAGGGAGGAGUCUGUCGCUCAGCCAAUCACAGGCUGGAGGCGGGACAGAGAAAGCAGUGUGGACACGGGUUACCCGGGGUCAGCAGGGACGCCCAUCACACUCCCGGAGCUGGACGUCCAAGACGCGCGUGAAGCCGAGGAGGAUGAGGAGGAUCAGCUGUCUGAACGUGAGGACACCGUGAUCUCUGAUGACAUCACACAGACGUCUGCAGCUGCUGACGUUUUGUUUACAGAUGAGAGCAGCGCCACUGAUGUCACCGAGGGAUCGUGGGCCAAUCAGAGCGGAGCUCCCAGAGAUCAGGCAUUAACACUCUCUGAUCUACAGCGUCCAGACACAGAUGAACAUUCAUCUCAAUCACAAUCGGAGGAAAAACACAUCUCCUGUGCGUCGCUGGACAGACCUGAGCUCGUUCAGCAGACAGACGCGCCGUCGUUACCCAUGAGACCCGGCGCUGAAGCCCCUCACAGUGAACCCCAGGCGCAGACGGACCCCGUCAGACAGCUGCUCCAGGACGAGCUCUUCAGACUAGUGCAGCUGCAGCAGAUCAACCACAAGACUCACACACAUUUUUUUAGACACACCAACCUCCCAACACGAGCCAGCGGACCGGAAAGGGUUAAUAACGACCAGGAUUUACUUCCUGUGAAUGUGAAUUGUGGAUCUGAUCUGAAUCCACGUAAUGAGAUCGAACAGAGAAACCCAGCCCGCAAACCUCAGGAAGUCCAGCAGUUGAGCAUCCACUCUGAUUGGCCGGAGGACUCUGAUUCUCACGACAGAAGUUUGAUUCCCAACGUCAUCAGUUUGAUCCCGACGUCUCGGGGGCUUCUGAGGACUGCUGAUAAUCAGACGUCUCUGCCGGCGUCCGCUGAAGCUCCAGUCACACACAGACUCAGACUCCUGCAGCUGCCUCCUGCUGCUCCUGUGAGGGAGGCCUGGGGUCCAAAGCUCCCCCCCGCUCAGUCUGACCCCUCCUGUGUCCAGAGAGCAGCGCCAGCACACACCGCUCCUCCGUCUCUCUUUCAGACGCGCCGCUGUAGCGCUCAGACGAGUCGAGGAGCUCCUGCUCCUGCUCUUCCUCUGCUGCGCUUUCACCCAGACACCCAGCGGCCCGUGACGCUGCCUCAUAUCCCACAAUCCACCACGGCAAACCUGCCCAGAAUUCAGCUGCUGCACAGAGAGCCGGAUCCACCCGCCGCUGUAGAGCGCUUCAGCACGGCUCCGGUCCGAACAGCUCGUCUCAUCCCGCUGCAGGAGCUGCUGAGAUGGACCGCAGCGAGGCAGAGGGGCGCUGAGACCAAACUACAGCUCUUAAAGACCCACCCCGUCCCGGAGAACAAGAGCACAAGCAGCCCAUCCAUCAAGAGACGCAAGAGGAGAGAAGAGAAGAAGAAGGAGGUGAAGAUUGCAGUCAGUUUCAGACCAGAGGACUCCAUCAUUCCUCCGUCUCUGGAUCACAAAACUCCUGCAGAAGAUGUUCCAGAUCAGAACGACGACGGCUACACCUUUCCUUCAGGCUCGUGUGACUCGGAGUUGUCUGGACAGCGGUUGUUGGACAGGGCUUGGGUCACUUCGGCUGAGCUGCAUGCCUUCGCCUCCACGCAGAAGAGAGCUCCAGAAAUCCAGGACGCCUGUACAAACACCGAGGCGGAACCGUCUCGCCUCUUCACAGAUGAAGCCGUGUCCGUCCAGCUGCCUUCAUCUCCCAGCAUGCCAUCUGCUCCUGGAGGAGGGCUGACAGACGUUGCUCCAGUCGUUCCUCCAGAUGUUUUCUUGAAUCUUCGCUACUCUAAAGAAAAAUCAUUAGAUCCGGAGAACCGAGGCACGGCGGAGUCUGACGUAGAUCUUAAUCCAGAGGGACGACGGUUCAUCAACGUGAUCGAUCUGACAGACGACUCUCUGCUUCAGAACCCGCCCUCAUCUGCUCAGCUCCACCUACUAGCGGCGUCUGUCGUAAACCCCGCCCACAAACCUGAUUUAAGCUCCGCCCCUAACAACACAGAGCACUUCACAGAGAGUCUGGCUGGAGAGAAUCCAGGUCCCUCAGUAGUGUGCGUGUCUCCUGAAACCGUUCUCGGCGGAGACCCCGUGACUCUGAGCGUCCUGACGAGGAUUCGGUCGUCUCCUCCGAGCGCUCUGAUGUCCAGGAGUCAGAUCUCAGCGCGGCUCUCAGAGAUGGACGCUCAGCUGCUCAGACUGCAGAGCAUCGCCGAUCACAUGGACAGAGAGUUCGCCAGCACCAGACUGCUGGUGAACACUAUCGAGACACUGAGUCCUUCAGCGACGGAGAAGAAACCUCAGUCCAGCUCUCUCAGAGUCAUACAGGAAGUGAGGAGUUACUGUCCUUCCCCGCAUCGGUUUGGAGCGAUGGCUGAGCCAGAGAGAGAAGAUGAGGAGGUCUGGUCUUCUUCUGCAUUGACCCGAAGCUCAGUCCAUCACGAGCGCUUUCCUCCGACAGUGAAACUGGAGCAGCGCGAGCGAGAUGCGGAUCCUGAUUUGACAGAGUCUUUGCUUGAGAAUCCUGUGAAGCCGGCGGAGGAGACUCUCGGCGUCAGCGGCCUCAGUGACGUCAAGGACAUUCUGUGUGAGUUAAUCAGAGACGGCGCUUUAUCUCGAUCAGCGCUGGAUCUGUCCCGAUCGGGAAGGCUUCAUCUGAGCAGGUCAGAGGUCGAGCCGAGCGGAGCCAUGAUGGAGGAGGAGCGCAGGGAUCUGAGGAUGUGGAUGAGGAGGAAACAGAGAGAACGACUGAUAGAGUACAGAAAACAGAGAGAAGAGAAGAGAGAGAGAGAGCGCAGACCCUUCAUCUCUCCAGCUAAACACCGGAAUCCGACCUCUGUGGAUCUGGCAACCAGCAAGAGAACCAAAGAAGAGCGAGACAGGCUGCUGCUUCAGGAGCAUCGUGAGCAGAGAGCGCGUGACGCCUGCGGUCUGAUUUCUGAGUGCUCACCACAAACCCACAGCAGAGCCUCAGGAUCAGCACUCAGUCCUCCGGGAAAAAGAAGAGGAUUCCCAGGAGUCCGAGCGGACCACAGGCUUCUCUGGGGAAAACCGUCACGCUUCAGAGGAAAUCUGCAGCCAGAACCCUCGGCUCCUAGCGGCAGACUCGGCCUGCACAGACCAGCCAGCGCUCUUCCGGCUGAUCGGUUAUCCCAGGUUACUCGCCGCGGGAUGCUGUCCGACCCCAAGUCCAGACGAGACACGAAGACCGUUCAUCAGAGUAAGAACAGUUUGAAAAAACAGAGAGCAGUGAAAGAGAACGAUCAGACGCACGAGAGACACGAUAAAGAGCAUCAGGACAUCAGACCGGGCUGUGAGGAUCUGGAUGAAGAGUGGACAGAUGAGGAUCUCCUGCGGGAUCUGGAUCUGGAAGCUCUUUCUCAAAGCAGCGGCAGCGUCCUGAGCAAACUGGACUGGGCCGCCGUCGAGAGGAUCGUGGCCGAGCAGUGAAGGAGAUGUUUCCACUGCUGCCGUCUGUGUAUCAUCUGCUUCAUGUCUGUUUGAGCAGAAUAAACAGGGAUCUCUGGCA